AUGAGCCACGAAGGACGACACGGUGGCCGUGGCAGGAGACAUCGAGAAGACCUUGACCGGAGAGAUUGGGAAACACCCGAAGAGCAGCUCAAGUCUGCCAUUUUUAAGUUCGGAGAGGUGGACGCUGUGCAGGAGGCGCCUCGACUGGCAGCACAGAUCCGUAAAUUCGAGCCUCCCAAUGUGUCCGUGUAUGCUGAAGCGAUCAGAAUAGGCGCGGUGGAACAACCCUAUAAAAUUCCACACUAUGCAGCAUUACUCCGAGACCUCUAUGAGCCCUUACCGGCGCUGUCCACGGAAGAAGAAAACGGGUCUUCCAGCACCAAUGAUGUGUCACUUGGGAGACAGAUUCUGGAUGAUUAUUGGAAGGGAUUCCAGGCGUAUCUCGACAAGCAUGCUUGGAGGGAGGUACGGUUUUGUGUGCAUUUCUUUGCACACCUCACUGUAGCUGGGGUUAUCUCCCCCCAGUCUCUGUUGAGCCUCUUACAAUCAUUCACUGCCGUCCUCGAUGAGUUUGGUGUCUCUCUCGGGCGAGCCAAAAAAGCAGCCUUCUGUGCUGCUGAGGGUUUGAUGAGGGCAGGUCAAGUCUUGAAAGAGGUCUCCGCUGCCUCCGUCGUUGAAAUGAUUAGCAGCCUUCAGACCUAUGAAGAGACAACCUUGACAGCCAAAUCCCUUGUCCAACCGUUUGUCUAUUUCCAUUCUGAAGGCUCUUCUGUAGAGCAUGCUGACGAGUAUCUGCAUUGUGCAGUCAAUGCCCUGAAAACUCUGGAGUCGUCCGAUUUUUCCGAAACGUCUUCGAUUUACCCUCAACCUUACGCAGACGCCGAGGCGCUUACUGCCAAUCAAUUUGACUUGCCUUCUGUUCUCGUCCCACCAGAGGUCAUAGAGCUCGACGGACUAGCUACCGAGUCUGGCGAGGACGCCCUGGUGAAAAAAGAAGAAUGGCCAGAUUUUCUCGUUCGCUUAUUCGACAACGAUGUCACACCGGAUCCGAUGACACCGGCGGGAUACGCUGUUCGCACAGACCUGAUGGACAUCGUUGAUAUCUUUGAAGUCAACCGAAAAGAAUGUGCCAGACUGCUGAUGGAAUAUCCAAAGUGGACCAUUGCGGGAACCUUCAAACCAAAACCUACACACGAUAAUCCAGAACGUGUCCCGGUACCAGGGAAGGACUGGCAACUAGAGAGUUCUAUCAUCGAGAGUAUCCUUGGAAUGCAGUUCGUCUUGCCCGAAGCGUCCCAUAAAACAAUCUAUCACAUCGCGUUGAUUACGGAGCUCUGCAAGUUGUCGCCCCAGACGGUGGGACCUGCAGUAGGGAAAUCUAUCCGGAAGUUGUACAGCUAUCUGGCAGACGGGUUGGAUGUCGAAGUCGCCCGCCGGUUCGCCGAGUGGUUCUCUAUUCACAUGAGCAAUUUUGGGUUCCAGUGGGUCUGGAAGGAAUGGGUCCCCGAUAUUUCUUUGACAGUACAACACCCCAAGCGUACGUUCAUUCGCAAGGCAUUGGCACUCGAGAUCCGAUUAUCGUACUUCGACCGCAUCUUGAAGACGCUACCGGAGCCUUUCCAGGAUCCGUCAGCGUUGGCCAUGCCAGAUCAGGCGCCCGGCCCUGAGUACGAUUACGAUGACCCAGCGACCCCCCACCACGACGCGGCCCAAAGCGUGCUCAACCAGCUCCGCGCGCGCGCAAAGCCCGAAGACGUGAUGUCCAACCUCGAGUCCAUCCGGAACGCGAUCGCCGAGACGAGCGAGGGCGACGUGAACGUCGACUCGGUCGUGCGCUCCAUCGCCGUGCAGUCCCUGCUGCACAUCGGCGCGCGCUCCUUCUCGCACUUCCUCAACGCCAUCGAGCGCUACAUCCUCCUCCUCCGCAACCUCGCCGCGGGCGGGAUCGCGGCGGGGUCGGGCGGGCUCGCGAGCGCGGAGGCCAAGGCGGACAUCCUCACGAUCGCCGCGACGUUCUGGCGGCGGAGCCACCAGAUGGUCGGGAUCGUGUUCGACAAGUUCAUGCAGUACCAGAUCGUGGACCCGACAGACAUCGUCCGGUGGGCGUUCAUGCACCAGCAGCGCGGGGACGGACUGGACUGGGACGUGCUCAAGGCCGCGAUCGACAAGGCGAACGGGCGCGUGGUCGUCGCGCGGAAGCGCGUCGCGGCGCUGAGGAAGGAGGAAGACGACAGCAGGGCGCGCGCGAAGGCUGGCGACAGCACGGCGAUGGAGGUCGACACCGAGGCGAAGCAGGACGAGACGCCGGCGGUGGACUCGCCGGCGCUGGUCACCGCGCUAAAGGCGUUUGCGUCGCUCACGCGCGAGCAAAAGUCGAUGCUGUCGCAGGUGCUCGAGGGCUUCGUCGAGAGCCUGCACUCCCCCACCGCCGAGCGGCCGAACCCGUGCGCGAGCGAGGUCAUCACGGAGAAGGCAUGGCACAACCGCGCGAACUGGGGCGACGACCAGUGGAAGGCGUGGACGACGUGGGUGCUGUACAAGCAUUUUUGCAGAACGUAUUCGCCGUACCUCCGCAACUACUCCGUCAGCCUCUCCACCGUCGUGUUCGCCAAAAUCGACGGCGCCACGGACGACGCGGCAGUCCUGAUGAAAAACCUCUGGAACGUCGCCACCGGCCAGGAAUGAAUCUGACACGCAUCUCGGUGUGGUCCACUUACUAUCGAUCCGUCCACCUUUCGGAAGUGCUUGCCCCGCCGUAUACAGGAUACACCCAUCAAUCAAGCUGCUCUCCGUACCUUCCAUAUAUGUAUGCGGUGAUCUCCCAGAGUUUCUCGAUCUCGCGUGUACGUUGGUCCUCGCAGCUGUCGAUAAGUACGAUCUCCUGCCCUGUUAUUCGAUACCGCAUCACAUGUUAUUUCUAUCGGUCUCCAC